GUAGAAAAGAAGAAGACAGAGAGGCCAACACAGACUCAAGACACCAGUAUGUAUUUGUACGUGGUAGCAGCAUCUGUUUGGGUCUAUGUUCUGGUUUUCUACGGUCUGUUCAAAGGAACCAGAUUCUUGAGUCCCGCUAGGCUGAAGGGGAAGACUGUUGUGGUAACAGGAAGCAACACUGGCAUUGGGAAAAGUACCGCCCUGGAACUGGCAAAGAGAGGAGCUCGAGUGAUCCUGGCAUGUCGCAACAAGGAGAAGGCUGAGGCUGCAGCGUUUGAUAUCCGCUCAGAGAGCGGGAACCCCCAGGUGGUGUUCAUGCAGCUUGAUCUGGCAAGCUUAAAGUCAGUUCGCAGUUUUGCUGAAACCUUUCUUAAGACUGAACCUAGACUGGACAUCCUCAUCAACAAUGCAGGUGUUAUAAGUCCUGGCUGCACUGAGGAGGGCUUCGGCCUGGCCUUUGGGGUCAACCACCUGGGUCACUUCCUGCUGACCAACCUCCUGCUGGAGCGGCUCAGGCGCUGCGGCCCCAGCCGAGUCAUCACCGUGUCUGCUCUCCUGCACCGCUUCGGGAGCAUCGACUUCCAGCUGCUGGCUCCACAGACAGACGCGGUGCCCCCCCAGUCUGCCUGGUCCAGCCUUCAGGCCUACUGUAACAGCAAACUCUGUAAUGUGCUCUUCACCAGGGAGUUGGCCAACCGGCUGGAAGGCACUGAUGUUACCUGUUACACCCUGCACCCAGGAGUAAUCUACACAGAACUGUGCCGUAAUCUGAGCCAGUGGCUGCAGCUCCUCAUGAUGCCCUUAGCUAAGCUGUUCCUCCUGGACCCCAGCGGAGGAUGUCAGACCACCCUGUACUGCGCCCUCCAGGAGGGCAUCGAGCCGCUCAGUGGCAGAUACUUCUCCAACUGUGCGCUGCAACAAGUUGGAGCUAACGGGCGAGAUGAUGGCCUGGCAAAGAAGCUUUGGGAAGUAAGUGAGAGGUUAACAGGCAUGACCUGAAGCACCAGAGACUGCCCUACAGCCGUUCACAACUCUUCUUAUAAAGUCCAACCUGUGUCUAAAUUUUCAUGCACUUCUUUCGCUUGCUUUAAUAAAGCCGACGAUCCCUUGGACGUUGUCGCCUGAUGUCAUGUAUGAAGUCUGCAGAGUUUAUCAGUGAGCAAAUAAGAGAUCCUAUGAUGACUGCUGUGAAUAAACAGCAUUUUUUGAAUGCAUUGUGGGAGAUGUGGUUCUUCACCCUCAUCUUCUUACCUUUUCUGGAUGUGAUGAUAGGAAUCCCCCUGACAGCAUCAGGGCCCUACUGUAGAAAAGAAUGCACAGCUUUCCUGCUAAAAGUUGGUGUAGGAACAAAUUUUUAAUAAGUGUGGUUCUUACGCAUACAGCUGCGCACAAAUCCCAAUUUGUGUGAAAUAAAUCGCAGCUGCUGAUCCUGAUUGGACCGCCUGU